AAAAUAUCUUAUUUUAAUUAUUAUAUAAAAAUAUUACUUUUUAUUGAUAUUAAAGACAAAAAGUUGCCUUUAUCUGCUAGAAAACCAAUUUCUUUUUGUAAUUUGUUAAUUUCAAUAAACAAGAUAAAACGCCCAAGUGUGGACAGAUCUCUGAUUCAAGUGUUGCACAGGAGUGUAGCCCUCCUCGCGCAGUGCAUCCCUCCUGCUUCUUCAUUCUCCUGUUCAGUCUUGUAGUUGUAGCUGAUGUUCGCGCGGAAUAUGUCUUGCUUGCUGCCGUUGUGUUGCAGUGCUGCCCACUAGCUUGUUGCCGGGUUUACCAGCCUGCUGCUUGUUUUUUUUUUUUUUUUUUUUUUGUUUUGUUUUUGGGGUUGGCUCAACCCUGGCUCCUGUCUCGGAUCAAAGAUGAUUUCACUUUCACCUUGUUUGUUCUAACUUCUACCUUUUAGCGAAAAGGCAGAAUUUCACAAAACCAAUCAAACACUUGGCGAUUCUCUGUUUCUCGAUUACAAUUUCCCACUCUAUGCCCAAAAUGAAAGACACCAUAGUAAUGUUCCCCAGUCCAGAAAUAAGCCAUCUUAUCUCCAUGGUCGAGCUUGGCAAGCUAAUUCUCCACCACCACCCGCAGUACUCUGUCACUAUCCUCCUUACAACCGGACUUGUUGACCCAACAACAAUGACGCCUUACAUCAACCGCAUUUCCCAAGCAAACCCUUCCAUCGUCUUCCACCAACUCCCCUUCCUCCCUACCCCACCUGACAAAUCUCCCCUUCGCAGCCACUUGGCCAUCCUCUUCGAGUCUCUCCGUAUGUACACCCCAAACGUCCGCAAUGCGCUGCAGUCUAUCUCCCUUUCCUCCACCAUCCAAUCCUUCAUCAUCGGCAUCUUUUGCUUCUCCUCCUUUGAUGUUGGUUCUCAUUUUCAGAUCCCCACUUACUUCUUCUACUCUUCUGCUGUUGUUUCCCUUGCUCCUAUCCUCUACUUCCCUAUCCUCCACUCUCAGACCUCCCAAAACUUCAAAGACCUUACCACCACUUAUCUCGACAUCCCAGGUGUUCCUCGCAUCCGUGGAUCUCACAUGGGGGAGGCCGUAGUCAACCGUGCUGAUCCAGCCUACUAUGAAUUCUUAGACUUAGCAACUCAUCUCCCUAAAUCAAAGGGAAUCAUAUCAAACACUUUUGAGUCACUAGAGCCAAUACCCAUUAAAGCAACUGCUGAUGGGGCCUGCAUACCCCACGCUCCGACCCCACCAGUUUACUGUAUAGGACCAUUGAUUGCCGAUGGAGAAGUAACCAUGAAGUCUGGACAUGAGUGUUUGUCGUGGCUCAAUGCACAACCUAGUCGAAGCGUUGUAUUUUUGUGUUUUGGUAGCCGAGGUGUCUUCUCGGCACUUCAAUUGAAGGAGAUCGCUCAUGGGUUGGAGAAAAGUGGCCAGAGGUUCUUGUGGGUAGUGAAGUCUCCGCCACCUACUGAGAAGGAGAAGACAUUGGGCUUCUCGAGCUUGGCAUCAAAGGAGCUAGAGUUGGAUUCUCUACUGCCUGAAGGGUUCUUGAAUCGGACAAGAGACAGGGGGCUGGUUGUGAAGUCAUGGGCACCCCAAGCGGCCAUAUUGAAUCGGGAAUCAGUGGGUGGGUUUGUCACUCAUUGUGGAUGGAGCUCAGUAUUGGAAGCGAUUUGUGCCGGAGUGCCGAUGCUGGCAUGGCCUCUCUAUGCAGAACAACAUAUAAACAAGGCCGGAUUAGUGGAGGAUAUGAAGCUUGCAAUGCCGAUGGAGCAAGCGGAGAAUGGAUUCGUGAGUGCAAUCGAGGUCGAGAAGAGAGUGAGGGCCUUGAUGGAGUCGGAAGAUGGAAAAACACUCAGAGAGCAGAGUCGGAAGAUGAGAGAGAAUGCACAGGUUGCUUUAGCCAAAGGGGGAUCGUCUGUCGAGGCCCUUCGUAAACUGGUGGAAUCAUGGAACCCAAAUUGAAAUAACUUUUUUGUUCGCAUAAGCAACCCCAAAGAUGACCAAUGUAGGGAAAUUUUGUUUUGAAGUGCAUGGACUGCUAGUUGAGAAUCCAAGCAGACCAAGAUAUUCUUUUUUCCCAGUUGAAGCACUUGAUGGAUUCCUUGACGCAUAGCAAAAAAGCUCGGCUUCCUCUACUGAUUUCAAACACUUCCGUCCUCUUGUGAUUUGAAUACAUUCCAGCUAGUUGUUUAUGAGGAUAGUAUCAUAACAAAACAAAGUAUGGGUAAUUUUCCCUGCAUCCGUGAAUAUGAUACAAUUAGUGUUUGAAU